AGACAGGAUGCGGCUCUCCGGAAGUUACGAAGGGUUCUACGCCGACACCAUCGCGAUGUACACGGGACAGAGCAGCAGGCCGAGUGACUCGGAGUUCAAGAAGUUCGAGGACGUGGAGAGCGUAGUGCUGGAGAAGCUCGUUUACUCCGGUAGGGCCCGCGCAGACUACGUGCACCAUCCGCGCACCGUGAGCGAGCUCCAGGCUUCCACGCCGAAUGUGAAACCCGGGGUGUGGCAGACUCUGGUCACCGAUGACUUCGGACUUGCAACAACGGCAGAGGUUAGAGUUCGCAAUCCGGAGUAUCUGAAGCGCUUCGACGACGUCCUCGGGGAAGUAGUAGAACGAGAUCUGCACUUCUACCUCGACUGGUGCGUGUUGCUAGCGAUGGGUCGAUUCAUGAGCGCGUCUCUCUCGAACUUGUGGUACGCCGGGGCGGCGUCGACCCGGGACCCGACGGUGAGCGGUGACCCGUCUUUCAGCACACCCAGUGCGGCCGACUGCCUGCAGCUGACGGAGUCCCUGCUCGGCUGGUCGCUGUUCCAGCACUUCACGGUGGCCAAAGUCGACCCGAGCGUCUUGAACAGCGUGAAAGCCAUGGCGGACACAAUCGGCACAGGUCUCGUCAGGCUACUAGAAGUUGCACCCUGGCUCAGCCUAAAGGAUCCUUCGCACUUAAUCGAGGCCUUCGUAACUAAGGCCGACUUCGAAGACGUGCUUUAUCAGAGCUCGCGGUUUUCAGUGCCGGGCACGCUGUCCGCGGCGUUGGCUAACGUGAGCGACAUGCACCCUUCGUCGUUCUUCACGAACUGGAUGAACGCCGCCACGACGACUGCCCGGCUUCCCAAAAGCACUUGGGAGCAGGUUUCAACCAGCUACAUCGCGGACAUCAGAAACAACGACCACUUCGUCGCCUUCGACUCGGCAAGCCAGUUCGUACGCAUCCCUCCUUACUUCGCCAUGGUUCCCGUGUUCCACCGGGACGUCACCGACAGCGCCAACUACGGUGGCCUGGGCGCGGUUCUCGGAGCCGCGUCCAUUCACCUUCUCGUGUCUAGGCUGUCGCGCAACGAAUCCCUAGCUCCGCUGCUCGCCGAAGCUGGCAGGCGACUGGACUGCUACGCCGAACCAGCGGCGGAAAACAUGACGGCGGCGGUUCCACGCGAACGCCUGUACCUCGCCGCCUCGCUGCCCGCCGUCUGGGAGACGUACCAGAACCGCAAGCUCCUCGGCAUAGGCGAUCACCGAGGGCUGAGGGACUUCUCGAGCGAGAAGUCCUUCUUCGUGACGCUGUGCUAUUUGCUCUGCGACGGCCGAGACGCACCGGAAGCUGCUGAGCUGGCCUGCAACGCGGCCGUCAAGAACAUCAAGGCUUUCAGUAUCGCCUACCGCUGCAAAAAGGAGACACCCAUGCACCCGAGGCACAAGUGCCAGCUGUUCAAAUAGAUGGAA